AUGGGGGCUUCCGGGGCCCAGAACCUCCUGCCAGGUGCUCUGUGCCUGUCUGCGAUCUGGGCAGUGCUGUCCCCCAUCUGCUGUUCCCAAGACCCACCAAGGUGGCGCUUCACCUCCUCAGAAGUUGUUAUCCCCAGGAAGGUGCCCCACAGAAUGGAUGGAAGCAAGACGCCAGACCAGCUCUCCUACAGCAUGCGCUUCCGCGGCCAGAGGCACGUGAUCCACAUGAAGCUCAAGAAGAACUUGCUGCCGGAACACUUCCCUGUUCUUACCAACAAUGACCAAGGGGCCAUGCAGGAGGACUACCCCUUUGUCUCUCGAGACUGUUACUACUACAGCUACCUGGAGGGGGUUCCUGGCUCCGCAGCCACGCUGGACACCUGCUCUGGAGGUCUGCGCGGCAUGCUGCAGGUGGAUGACUUUACUUAUGAAAUCAAGCCACUACGAUCUUCUUCCAAAUUUGAGCAUAUAGUUUCUCAGCUUGUGUCAGAAUAUGUGUCAGAGGAAGAAGAAAGGUGUAACAUUACAGAUGGUGAGGCAAAUCAAAUACUUGAAGAGGUAAAACUUGCAGAAAGUCCAAGAGCUGCCCCUCCCUAUCUGUGGCGGGUACAUCGAAAACGGGCACAUAUUCAUUAUACAGUAAGUAACUCACUCUGGAUGAUGAACAGAAACAAUACUCGUAUUGUAGAGAAUGUCGUUAUUAUGAACAACAUCAUACAUAGCAUUUUUCGACCAAUAGGCUUAAAUAUACUCAUACGUGUUUUGUGUAUAUGGCAAGGGGCUGAUCCAGUGAAUUUAGGCAGAGGUGGACAGUCAAUAAAUCAGUUUGGUUUAUGGAAACUACAUUCAUGGUAUGAUCUUAUUCCUCAUUCUACUUCAGUGCUUUUCACAGGACAUAAAAUAGGAGGGGGGUCUUAUAUAUCUAACAAUGCAGGUAUAUGUAACCCCAAUUGGGGUGUAUUAUAUGUGUAUGUAUCAAGGUAUCACCUGUUUCUGGCUUCAACAAUAGCAGCUCAUGCAUUAGGUCAUAACAUAGGGAUGGUGCAUGACUGGGCUGGUUGUGUCUGUUUUCGAAGAAACUAUUGUCUCAUGACUUCUGCACCUGGUCUUCAUGAUUCAGUCAGCAAUUGUUCUAAGGAAGUCCUACACAGCAAGAUUCAUGGUUGGGACCCUUGCUUGAGCUUGCAUUAUCCUCCGUACAAUAAUUUUCCUUAUGUAGCUCCUCGUUGUGGAGACUGGAUAAUAAAUAACAAUGAGGAAUGUGACUGCGGGUCUUUGAAACAAUGUGCCUCAAGUAAGUGCUGUGGAACCAAUUGUAUUUACAACGUUGGUGCUGUGUGUGACAUGGAGCCUUGCUGUAGGAAAUGUAAAUAUGCACAUCCUGGAACUCUAUGCCGAGAUCCGAAUGGUAUUUGUGAUCUGCCAGAAUACUGUAGUGGGAAAAAUGAAAUAUGCCCCGAUGACUUCUAUAUCCAAGAUGGAACCCCAUGUUCACCAGAAGCUGUUUGUAUGAGAGGAAACUGCAGUGACCGCGAUUUACAAUGUCAAGCUCUCUUUGGAUUCCAAGUAAAGGAUGCUCCUUCAUCAUGCUAUGAAAAAUUGAAUAUAAUUGGUGACCGCUUUGGAAACUGUGGACUUAGUUGGCAAAGAGCAGGAGUUAGACCUACGAAAUGUGAAGCUGAUGAUGUUCUUUGUGGAAUAUUGCAUUGUAGCCAUCCUGAAGCAGUUCCGGGAGGAGGCGAACACACCACAUUUCAUGAUAUAAUAGUACAGGGAGCUAAACAGAUACACUGCUUUGGAUAUGAUGUACACCAAGGGACGGAGUUACCAGAAAUGGGACUUGUAGUAGAUGGUGCAACCUGUGGCCCAGGAAAAUUCUGUCGUCGACAGAAUUGCACUUUUCAUCAAGAUAUGGGUUUUGACUGUGAUGUGCAGACAUGCAACUACAGAGGAGUGUGCAAUAAUCUAAAACAUUGCCACUGUAUACGUGGCUUCAAACCACCAGACUGUGGGGCACCAGGAUUUGGUGGCAGUGUGGAUAGUGGCCCUCCACCUGACGUAGAAGAAGGUCUUAGAGCCAAAAUAAACAUCACCAUGGACAAGAUAUUAGUUCUAUUUAUUGUCAGGUUUGGUCUUUUCCUGGCUUCAGUUGUUAUUGGUGGACUUACAAAAGCAAAAAGAGCUAUAGAAAAGAAAGUAUACCAUGAUGAAUAUGAAACUGAAUCUGAUUAAACCUCACUCAAUGGGAGCUACACUGAAGGACAACACAGUGGCCC